GGGCAGUAUAUUCACAUCAACGACAUCAUAUACAAAUCAUCUAGUGAAUAUUUUUCAAGCUAACAAAUAGUGUUGGUGGAAUGUUUCUCAAAUAUAUGGUUGUUAAAAAUCUAUCAAUGAUGCCGGCUAAUUCAGUUACUGUUAUAUUCACCUUAACAAUUAUUGCUUGUAGCCUUAUAAAUCUUGGCUUAUGUAGAAUGCCUCACAAUCAAAUGACUUCAGAAAAUACUACAAGUCUACCAUCAAUUGAAAUGAUAAACUCAACAAUAUCAACUAGUGAACCAAAUGAUAUUAAAACAGUUGAUUUAUCGUAUGUAUUCCAACGUCAAAAUGACCUGAAAAAUAAUUUGACUCUAUCAACUAUAUUAAAGCUUGAAAAUUAUCAGAUUGAUUUAAGAAGUCAAUUGGCUAUAUCACGUAUAUUAGAGCUCGAGAGUUAUCAUAACGACCUUAAAACUCAAUUGGCUGACGAAAAAACACGUCAACACAAUAUCACCACAGAGCAUUUAAAUUUAAUCAGUGAAUUAUCAAUAGAAAACUUCAAACUUAGUACAAAAUUGGAACAACAACAAAAAAAUAUAUCAAAAAUUAUGAAAGAUUAUAUGAAAUUAAAUUAUGAAUACAUGGAAUUAUACAAAGCUUAUUCUAUAGACAAACAAAAAAUUAAAACGAUGAAUGAGGAGAACAAAUCUUUACAUGCCGAUAAUGAUGACAUAGAAAAUAAUUUGGACAAAGGGGAAAAAGCGGAGAAAUAUUUCUACCAGGGAACCGAACAAGAAGAAUACAGAAUUUUGUUUGAUGCGAAAACAUUGCUCGAGAAUAAAUUAUCAGCAUCACUAUUGGAAAAUAACGAAUUAAAUAAUAAAUUAUCGCAGCUGAAUAAUACACUGAAACAAACACUUGCUGAGUAUUCAGAAAUGAAUAAAAAGUAUAAUGAAAGUUUAGAAACUUUAAUAACUUGUGAAAAUCGUGUUUUAUCAUUAAACGAUCAACAGGUAAACUUGGAAAAAAAUUUAACAAUACUUGAACCAAAAAUUAAAGAUCUAACUAACGAGGUUCACCUACUGCAAAUAGAAAAAAGAAUUGCGAGUGACCAGUCAUAUGACUUACAGAUAAAUCAGAAAAAACAAUUAAAUGAAAUUAAAAAUGAAUAUCAAUCAAAUUUAACAAAUAAACAGCAGGAAGUUAAAAUGUUAAAAGAAAUAAUUUUCCAAAUAAGUCAACAAGAUCUUGUUGAAUCAGCUAAUUUAUUGAAAACAUUGAUAUCUAUUAUGAAAUUCAAUGAAGAUAAUGUGCCUGAUGAUUUAUUGAAAAAGCGACGACAAUUUUUUCAAUAUAAAUAUAAUAAAAAUCAGGCAGUUGUAGUUGAUGAUUUAAGAAAACGAUUUGAUGAUAUUGCUUUAACGUCUAAUAGCCAAUUUUAUAAUGAAUAUUUUUGUAACAAAAAGAUAUCUUUUUAUAAUUCGACCAUUUGUGAAUUUCUCAGUGAAGAUCCGGAUAGUUAUGAAAUUGAUCUCAGCCAUAGAAAUUUGGCUGUUCUUCCAAAAGAUAUAUUUACUGGCUUUGAAAAUCUUAAAAAGCUUAAUUUGUCGAACAACCGGCUAUAUUAUCUUGAGUCGAGUACUUUUAAUAAUUUAACAAAUCUUCAGGUGCUUGAUUUGGACAACAACAAUCUCACAGCAUUAUCGAGCAAUACAUUUAAUGGUCUUGAGAAACUCGAAAGAUUAUAUCUAUCAUACAAUCAAAUAAAUUCUCUUCAGCCAAGUAUCUUUAAUAAUUUAUUAAAUCUCAAGACUCUUUAUAUACAUGAAAAUCAUUUAAUAUCAUUACCAAAAGAUAUAUUCACUGGCCUUGAAAAUCUUGAAAAUCUGAGCAUGUCGCACAACCGACUAAAUUAUCUCGAGUCAAAUACUUUUAAUGGUUUAUCGAAGCUUAGAAAAGUAUGGAUGGGCGUAAAUCAUCUGACAACAUUGCCGAAAGAUAUAUUUAACGGUCUUGAAAAACUGGAAUUCUUAAACAUACAAUCAGCCCAAAUAAAUUAUCUUGAUUCAGAUAUUUUCGAUAAUUUACCAAAACUUAACGAGCUCUAUAUUUCGGGCAACAAUCUAACACCAUAUUCGAAAAAUAUAUUAAAGAAUAAGUAUAAUUUUAAGAAUUUUUAUAUGUGAUUAUAAAAUUGAUAAAAUUACAUUAUCAGUCAUUUCAAGAAUUUGUUUACCAUGUUUCAUAUGAUUACUAAUAAGUUAUAUUUAAAUAUAAGAUUUGAUUUUUCAAUUUAUUCAAAUUAAAAAUUUUUUAAAAUAAUAAUUUUCAUAAUUUUUUGAUCAUGUUUAAAAUCAAUUAGUCGAGAAAACUUUUAUUUUUUUCAUAAAUAACUAUACUUAUAAAAAAUUAUAAGCUAAAUUAAAUUACUUUAGUGAUAAAUAAUAAUGAAACUAACAAAGUUUUACAUAACAAAAAUAUUAAAAUACACAGGCAAUUUGAAGAAAAUCCGUCUAUUUUUUGUUCUUGAUAAAUAGUAAAUUUAGAAUCAAAUUAUUAUAAUUAAAUUUGCAAUGUACAUGAGUAAAUAUUUUGAAUAAAAUUUUUGCAAAUAAAAUAUAUUUUAUAUUUUUAUUGAUAUUUAUUCGUUGAAAAAAACGAAUUAUAAAGUAUGUGCAUAAAGAGUGGAUUUUUAUAUUAUGUUAGAUCAUAACUGGAACAUGACGAAAAAAAUUAUUAAAAAAAAUAAAAAUUCAACUGAAAAUAAUUUAAAUAAUUUAAAAAUUAUUGCUGGAUAACUUCGAAUUAACUUGUUUAUAUGUUUAAAGGAUAAAAAUAAAAUAAAAGAGAUGAAGUGAUUUCAAUUCUUGAUUUUAAAUUAUUGUUUUUUUCAAGCUUUAUCAGCUAUUAUUAUCUUU